AUGGAAUUGACGUGGGAAGGCGAUCUCGCUUUCAACAUGACCCAGAAUGAGUCUGGCAACGCAUCCGCAUGCAAUGCAUUGCUGCGGCUGGCACCCAGCGCGUCGCAGGAAGAGCUCGACGAAGCCUUCCAGCGCGAUGUGGUGGAGGUGUGGAGCCGCGGCACCCGCAAGUUCACCAGCAACCCACGCCUGGUGGCAUUGGUGGCUGCCUAUGAGGACAUGCUCGGUGGCUCCGGAAAGCCGAGGCAAAAGCCCAGGCGGUCCCAAAAGAGGCCCGGGAAGCUGCAGAAGCUGCACCAGCUGCUCCAAUUCUUGCCAUUGGAACAGCGCCGGCGCUGCAUCGCGGCGCUGCCCGAACAUGUCCGCCGGUCGCUGGAAGGCUGGAUGCUUCAGCACGGCCCGCGACGUGAGCAGCGGGCAGCAGAGUACGCUGCGCACAUUUGGUGCAGCGGAUCUGCACCUUCCCGCCGCUUCGUGGCGGCGGUGCAUUUGGGCCGGGGCCUGCACGUGCAGUCCGCCGAGUGCAAGGACUUGCCUUGUGCGGCCCGCGCGCUCUCCCAGAUGCUGCGGUGGCGUGCUCGCUGCCGCUUGCGCAGCGGCAAGCGCCCCGCGGCCGAGAUGAGCGGCGCAUGCACACGUGGCCUGCCCAAGGAAGCCGCUGAGUUCGCGCGCGGGGUUGUGGAGGCCCAGCCAGCUGACUCCAAGCUCUUCCUGCGGGCGCGCUUGAGGUUGUCAGGGCAAAGGCUGUCGAGUCCUUUGCGUGCUGAUGCGGCCUCUGCCAUGAUGGAUUGGCUCCAGAUGGGUUGCCACAGGGGCGAAUCCCUGCACCCGGGCGGAAGGGCGUGCCCUUCUCCCGAGCUGGCGACUCAUCGUUGGGUACAGACUUGCCAUGCCUGGGCCAAGAUUUGGAAGAAGCGCGGACGGCACCCAGACACAGUUCAGAAGCAGCUUUCCGCACUGCAGGCUCAGUGGCGGGGGGUCUUGCAGAGAUUCCUGCGGCAGCGGCAGCGGGCUCUCAGGCCUGCGGCGCUGAGCUGGCAGUGGGCCAAGUGGCUUGAAGCUGCCGGAUCUUUCCGGAGCCUCGCCACGGCCAUGCCGAGCCCGGCACAGGCGCUUGCCACGGACAUGGCAGUGUUGCCCCUGGAAGAGGAGGACGAGGAAGCGGAGGUGCCGCAGGCGAAUGAGGACGAGGACGACUUGGAGCGGCAGAUGGCGAAUCUGCGGGAGGAGGUUGCAGAUCCGGCCGCUGCCGCACGCAAGGCGAAGCGCGUAGCCGCAGCAAAGGCGGCUCACGCGGCUGCCCUGCGCCUAAGGCAAAGGCACAUGAGACAAGCCCUCUCCUUUGCGCCGUGGGCCCAGAACCCAUCGCAGUGGCAGCAGUGGCAGCAGCCAGCGGAGCCCUCCCGGCCGCCCGCCUGGAAGGCGCAAACGCAGCCAGCUCUUGCCGAGUUUGUGGCGGCAGGCGGGUGGCAUUUGGCUCCAGCGAAGGCCACCGGGCCACGGGAGCGUGCAGCGUGGAGGUUCGGCGAGGCAGGGGUCAUGGCGCAUGACCCCUUCGACUGCAGCUUGAUGAGCCUUGAGCUCGAAGAGCUCCGCAGCUCGGCGAUGGAGAACCUCCAGACCUGUGGGGGGUGA